AUGGCGUGGAACAUGACCUGGAAGAACACCACCCACUUGUGGCUAGCCGAGGACAUCCUCAUCCAGAAGAUCGGCACGGUCCUCUACACUUACAUCCUGCCAGUGAUCGUGGGGAGCGGCUUCAUAGGAAACAGCCUCUCCAUAUGGGUCUUCUUCAGGAAGUCGCUGCGCAAGCUUUCGUCCAGCGUGUACGUGCUGGCCGUGCUGGUGUCCGACACGGGCUUCCUGGUCAGUCUGCUGUUCGUGUGGCUCGAGGUGCUCGGUUACUACCUAAACCACGCGCAGGGCGUGUGCCAGGUGCUCGUCUACCUCACCUACGUCUGCAGCUUCCUCUCUGUCUGGUACAUGGUGUGCGUCACCGUGGAGAACUUCAUCACCAUCUGCCACCCGACGCACGUGCAGAUCAUGUGCACGCGCGCGCGCGCCACCACCGUGGUCAUCGUGCUGGCGCUGGCGGCCCUCAUCAUGUACAGCCUGUCGGUGAUGAUCACGAAGGUGAGACAAAGUCCGGGAAGCCCCCGCGCUCUGUGCGAAAAGAACCUCGAGUACCAGACGCUGACGUCGAUCUUCACGUACGUCGACUCGAUCAUCACCCUCCUCAUCCCGCUGUCCGGGAUCGCCAUCAUGCUCACCGCCAUGGUCCUCUCAACCGCCAACUCCUUCCGCUGGAGGACUGAGAGCAGCCCCAACAGGGAACUCAUGGGCAGACGGCUGUCUGCUGCUAAUCCUCAAGUUCGAGUGGCCAAAAUGCUGUUCGCUUUGUCGGUGUCGUUCUUGGUGAUGAACUCGCCCAUACACGUGGUCAGGUUGUACUAUUUGCUGCGGUCCAACUCGCCCACCAUCGCGGAUCUGUCAUACGGGGAGGGACUCAUGCACCUGGUACUCUUGUUCGUUUCAUAUUCCAACUGUUCCAUUAAAGUGUUUCUGUUUCUCAUUUUCAGUAGAAACUUUAGAAAGACUUUACGCAAUCUGUGUAAGGGUCUGAUCGGCUGUGUUUUCAAGUGCAACAAGUAUAAACUUAACGAAAGAACCUUUGUGUGA